AUGAGUGUCUCAGCAGGCAGCAGCAGCAGCAGCAGCAGCAGCAGCAACAGCAGGGGCCCUUUCUUCAGCGAGAGCGCAGCGCUGCCGCAGCAGCAGCAGCAGCAGCAAAACUACGUGGGGGGCCCCGCUCUUGGUUGUUACGUCGUGUUAAUCUGGAGGGCGGAGGGCACUGCAUUGUGCGGGUUGCUGCUGCUGUCUCUACUGUCUCCUCCCAGCAGCAAAGGGAUAGCAGAUGUUGCUGCUACUGUACUGGGGCAUUGCUGCUGCAGCUUCCUCCCUUCCUUCUGGUUGAGACUGAGGGCCCUCAAACAGCCUAAUCUUGCUGCUGCUGCUGCAGCAGCAGCAGAUGCAGCAGCAACAGAUGUAGCAGCAACAGAUGCAGGAGCAGCGGCACCGGCUCCAACCAGCAACUCGAGCAGCAGCAGCGACAACAAAAGCAGCAGCAGCAGCAGCAGCAGCAGCAAGAGCAGCAGCAAGAGCAGCAGCAGCAGGAGCUGGCUGUCGCGUUUGUGGGGUUUGUGGGGUUGCGGUGUAUCUCGAGUGAUGAGAGGCGUCUCCUCUUUGUCUCCUCGUCUGCAUGCAUGCUCUGAACGCUGUUUAUUAUUAUACGGCUUGCUGCUAGUUGGUGUUAAUGAUAGUGCUGCUUAUCUUUUAGGUUCUGCUGUGGGGAGGUCUCCUUUGUCUGCUCUCUUUUAUUCAAACGAGAUGCAUCUGCUGCCUCCUGCUGCUCUCGUGUCUCCGAAGAAAACUGUUGUUGGGCUUGCUGCUGGGGCAGCAGCAACUACUGCAGCAGGGGCACUACUUGCUGCUGCUCUAGCAGCAACUGCAGCACGCAAUGCUGCGAGGAUCGUCUCCUCCCCCACUGGGAUCGUCUCCUCCACUACUGGGAUCGUCUCCUCCCCCACUGGGAUCGUCUCCUCCCCCACUGGGAUCGUCUCGUCGGAGACGAUCCCGCCUUCUGUUUCGGCUAAUUCAAAGCGUCUCCUUUCAUCUUUAAACGUGUCUCCUUCUUCUCCUCCCUCCGGGUGUCUCCUCAGUGGCUUCUUAGCAGAUACUCUCAUUGACUUCUUCUCCCCACAAACAACUGCAGCAGCAAACCCUCAGCAGCAGCAAACCCUAAAUCCUCAGCAGCAGCAAACGCCAAACCCGCAGCAACAGCAGCUGCAAAAAACAAUGAACCCUCAGCAACAGCAGCAAACAAUGAGCCCUCAGCAGCAGCAGCAGCAGCAGCAGCAAACCCUCACCCGUCAGCAGCAGCAGCAGCAAACCGUAAGCCGCCUGCGUGUUGCUGCAGCAUGGAUGGUGUUGGGUUUGUUGGGUUGUUUGUGUGGGGCAUCUGUGUCUGCUGCUGCUGUCGGUGGUGAUUUGCUGCUGAGUUUAUUUAAAAGAGAUGCAGGGGUUAAAGAUACAGGAGACUGUCUCCCUGGACACGGGGGCUGGCUUGAUAGAACAGAUGCACAUGUAGUAGCAGGCCCUUUGAUGUAUGUCUGGGGGUCUCUGCUGCAGCGCUUGCUGCUGCAGAUGCAAGCAGCAGCAACCUCCAAACGCAUUAAAAUGCAGCAGCAGCAGCAGCAAGUGAUGCAGCAGCAGCAGCAGGAGCAAAUGAUUAAGCAGCACCAGCAACAUAGCAAGCAGCAACAUCUGACGAGAAAGCAAGUCAGGAAUUCGCGGCGGGUGUCUCCUGCUGCUGCUGCUGCUGCACCUGCUGCUGCUGCUGCUCCUACUGAUGCUGCUGCUGCUGCGAUCAAACGCCGCAGAGGCCCCUCUUCAAGGGGGCCCCGUGGGGCCCUCUAG